UGUAUUCUCUUUCAGACUCUCUACACAUACCCAGAGAACUGGCGGGCCUUCAAGGCCCAAAUCGCAGCUCAGUACAGCGGCGCUCGCCUCAAAGUUGCCAGCAGCUCUCCUGCCUUCACCUUCGGGCAGACAAACCGCACCCCUGCCUUCCUUAACAACUUUCCUUUAGGCAAGGUGCCUGCCUACCAGGGAGAUGAUGGUUUCUGUCUGUUUGAGAGUAAUGCCAUUGCUCACUAUUUGAGCAAUGAAGCCCUGCGUGGUGCCACUCCUCAGGCUGCUGCUCAAGUACUGCAGUGGGUUAGCUUUGCUGACUCAGAGAUCAUCCCUCCAGCCAGCGCGUGGGUCUUCCCCACUCUGGGAAUCAUGCAGUUCAACAAGCAGGCAACAGAGCAGGCCAAGGAGGACAUCAAGAAGGUUCUUGGGGUCCUGAACCAACACCUGAACACCCGCACCUUCCUCGUAGGGGAGAGGGUCAGCCUUGCUGACAUCACUGUGGUCUGCUCCAUGCUCUGGCUUUUCAAACAGGUCUUGGAGCCUUCCUUCCGUCAGCCUUAUCAAAAUGUGACACGCUGGUUUGUCACCUGUGUUAACCAGCCCCAGUUCAAGGCUGUCCUUGGAGAAGUCAAACUCUGUGAAAAGAUGGCUCAGUUUGAUGCCAAGAAGUUUGCUGAGAUGCAGCCCAAGAAAGAGGCCCCUGCCAAGAAAGAAAAGGGAGGAAAAGAGGCAGCCAAGCCCCAGGAGAAGAAAGAAAAGAAAAAGGAGGAGAAGAAGCCUGAUCCAGAGGAGGAAAUGGAUGACUGUGAUGCUGUUUUGGCUGCAGAACCCAAAGCCAAGGACCCCUUUGCACACCUUCCAAAGAGCUCGUUUGUCAUGGAUGAGUUCAAGAGAAAGUAUUCCAACGAGGACACCUUGACAGUGGCUCUUCCCCACUUCUGGGAGAACUUUGACCGUGAGGGGUACUCCAUCUGGUAUGGGCAGUACAAAUACCCAGAGGAGCUCACACUAACCUUCAAGAGCUGCAACCUUAUUACAGGCAUGUUCCAGCGCCUGGACAAACUGAGGAAGAAUGCCUUUGCCAGUGUCAUCUUGUUUGGCACCAACAAUGACAGCAGCAUCUCUGGUCUUUGGGUCUUCAGGGGGCAAGAACUGGCCUUCACUCUGUCUGAAGACUGGCAGAUUGACUAUGAAUCAUAUGACUGGCGGAAGUUGAAUCCAGACAGCGAGGAGUGCAAGACCAUGGUAAAGGAGUACUUUGCAUGGGAAGGAGAAUUCAAGCAUGUGGGGAAACCUUUCAACCAGGGCAAGAUCUUCAAGUAAAAGGACUGCAAGGCGGUUGAACAAAGGCACUUUGUGCUCCUCCCCUCUGACACUUAAAACUAUAGACUUUCAGCCACAUGUGCUUACUUUGCUGCAAAAAAUGACUUUGGAGGUGUUUGAAGACGAGUGAUUAAUGUCUCGGUGGCCCCAAAACUGGUUUUCUGUUUUUGACCUGCGAAAUAAAGCGUUUCCCUCAAUGCCA